AUGAAUACAAAUGGGCAUUUUAGUGAUUUAUUAUGGAUGCCUCACAGCCAACAUAAAAUAUCCAAAUCUUGGGAAAAUCCUAAUGUUUCCUUGAACGUACGGUGUCAUCAUGUUGGCAUCCCAUUUGAUCCUCUAUGUAGGCCAGCUUUAGAGAACCUUGGUUUUUAUCAGAUUGCAAUGAUGAGGAAAAUCAAUGUCGACAAAUACUUGAUAUCAGCGUUGGUGGAACGUUGGCGGCCCAAGACAAAUAGUUUUCACUUACCUGUAGGAGAAAUGACUAUUACACUGCAAGACGUCAGUUGUUUGUGGGGGCUGCCUAUCCAUGGUAAACCACUUGUUGGCAUAGCUGAUGCGCCAUGGUCGGAAUUAGUUGAGAGGUUGCUUGGGAUUCCCAUGGAUGAACAACACAUGAAACAAAAGAAAAGGAGAAAAAGUGAUGAUAAUAUUGUUGUGAGGGAUUCACAAUACUCUCUAAAUUUGGGAAAACUACGAGAACGCUUCCAUGUGUUGCCGGAUAAUCCAAUGGAUAGGGAUAUUAAUUGGCAUGCUCGAGCACUUGUUCUAGGAAUCCUUGGCUCCAUAGUCCUUACGGAUACAUCUGGAGAUGGAGUGCCAGCUAUGUAUCUCCAAUUUAUGCAAAUUUUAGGACAGCCAACAGAGUAUAAUUGGGGAGUAGCUACUCUUGCUCUGUUGUAUAGACAAUUGAGCAUGUGUGCUGAGAAGGAGAGACUAGAAAUUUCAGGGCCUUUAUUGCUACUACAAUUAUGGUCUUGGUCCCGUUUGCCACUUGGUCGUCCUAAAGUUAUUUUUGAGAAGCCUAAAGAAGGAGAGGAACCUGAAGAAGAGGAAGAUGAAGAAGUACAUUUGGAUUAUAACCCUGUUUUUUGA